GUCCGCAGCCAUUGGACAAAAUGUGCGGUUAAUCUGAAAUCCAGCCAAUCAGCAGCUCAGAAUCUUAAGUACAGCAGUGUCUGUACAGCAAAAUAAGUAGCGUGGGUAUAGUGUACAGCGUUAUUACAGCUCCAAUACAGACUAAUAGGGAAUUCCAUUUAGUUUGUAAUAGAAAAAAAAAUUAAUAAUGGGUCGUCGAGGAGAUUCUGGAAAGCCACGUGGGCGUAUGUCAUCUUAUGCCUUUUUUGUCCAGACUUGCCGUGAAGAGCACAAGAAAAAACAUCCUGGAGAAGGAGUUGUCUUUGUUGAAUUCACCAAGAAAUGUGCCUCAAAAUGGAAGGAAAUGACCCCCAAAGAAAAAUUGAGGUUUGAAGAUAUGGCGGCCAAAGAUAAGGUCAGAUAUGAAAAGGAAAUGCAGACCUAUGCCCCAACUGGAACUGAAGCUGGUAAAAAACGACGAGGAAAGAAAGAUCCCAAUGCACCAAAGCGAGCCUUGUCUGCUUUCUUUUUCUUCUGUAAUGAAGAAAGACCUAAGGUUAAAGCUGUCUACCCUAACUAUACUAUUGGUGAGGUCGCAAAAGAAUUAGGUAAAAGAUGGGAACACGUUAAAGAAAAGCGAAAGUACGAAGAAAUGACAGAAAAAGACAAGAUCCGAUAUCAAAAGGAGAUGGAAAUUUAUAAAGGAGGUGCUACCCCUGCCAAGAAGAGCCGACCCGCUCCUCCUAAAGAAGAGAAGGUUGUUGUUGAGGAGGACGACGAUGAUGAAGAGGAAGAUGAUGAUGACGAAGAAGAUGAAGAUGACGAGUAAAUUAGUCAUGUUGUAAUUUGACCACCUCAUUUAAUUCAUGUGAUCAAAAUUCUAGACAUCAGCUUAACCAUCAUUCAUGCUGUAUUUGUUUCCUUUUCUUGUUUUGUUGACAUUUUGUGUAAAUAAUUCAUGACCAGAUUUCAAGAUAUGCAAAAGAAAAAGAGGUUUGAAAAUACAGAACUGUCAAUGAGUGUUAAGAAUAACUGUAAUUAUUAUCAUGAGACGCCCAUACACAAAGUACAAGGUUUCCUUUACUGUUAGUAGAGACCAAGCAUUCUGUAAUGUACUUUUUCACUGGUUAGACAGAAAUGUUAUGGCCUAUCAAAGGCAUUGUAACUGAGCUUGGUUUUCCUUUAUUCUUAGUCCAAAACAAAAUGGAAGUAUUUUGAUCUGAUUGUAAUAGUAAAUGAUUGACCAUUAAAUCUCCAUAUUUAUGGUACCUACUUAUACCACAUGUUUAAAAGAAGAAACUUGUACUUUGUGGAUUUAUUAAUUUGAAAAACUUCACUAGUUUUAAGUUAUGCUACUGUAUAUAUGUAAAUAGAAAAAAAUUCAUAGCUGAUGUCUGGUCUUGAAUCCAACUCCAUUCUUAUCAUCAAUCAUGCCCUGUUAUGUUAUUUCACUCAAAUCACAUAAAAAAAAAACUGACGUUCAUUCAUGUUUUUGUUGAUGUAGUUAUUUACAUGAGAUUCUGAUGUCUUUUAAAAAGGACUAAUAUUUCAAGUCGCUUUGUAUAUAGAUUUUAAAUAUUAUACAAACUUUGUUGAUUCAUUAGAAAUUCGUGAAAAUGUUGGUUAUUUUUUUUACAUCUUGGAUUUUUAUUUCAUUUGUUUAAGUUUGUUAAAAAUAACCAAUUUUAUCAGUAAUUUGCAAUGUUCCAUUGAUCAUUUUUUAAGUUAUUCAAAUUUUUAGCCAUCAUGGAAUCAUAACCUUGGCCAUUGUUUGGUUAAUUUUAAAUGCAAGUAAAUUUUAAAAGUUAAUUAUAUUUCUACAGCUCUUCAUUUGUUAGAUGUUUGUUUUUAUUUUGAAUGAUAAAUUGUAUAAAGUUAAAAGUGGUUCAAUUUCCACCUUUACUCCUUGGGAACAUGUAUACUAUUUCUUACUGUAUAUUUUAAGUUUUCAAAUUGAUUUUGAUUCAACUUUGACCUUUGAACAAAGACAUCCUAAAAAUGGAUUGCUACAGUGUUACUUGCCACGUUUUUUAAAGAAAAAUAAAACUAAAAGAAAUUAUUGAAAGUGCUACAUAUUAUCUCGUGUUUUAUGUUAACAAUUGUUUUUUUUAGAAUGUCUAUUAUAACUGUAGUAAAUGUAUUUUUUUGUAUGUCUUAGAAGAAUAAAAGGUCUGAAAGAUC